GAUCUACUCGCAUUUCCACUGUCGUGUUUUGACAGCGGCGGCUGCCGCUGCCAGCCGCUGCCAUCCAUCUAAUGCCGCUGGAAAUAGCUCUUCCGUCGCCAUCGAUCCUUUCGAAGUGGUGUGAGAUGUUUGAAGUACCUUAGACGUAGUCGCUGAUUUUGACUCGAUUCAUGUGAACUUCGCGACUGCGUCGUCCAUCCCGGAUGGUGAUGUUGGGACGAUCGAUGUCGAUUAUUUCAAAUGGUCCUUCAAAUCGAGCAAACAGAAGCCGUCGGACAGGGUGCAAUUCUGGAGGUUGGCCAAGGAGCUUAUAACACGUUUUCCAUCAAACGAAGCAAGAUCUCCAUAUUCAAGAGUGUAGAUGCUGCGCAAAUAAUGGUCGUGGUCAUGGGCUUUACCAGUCGCUCUCAUCUGGUCGCACAAUUCACGGGUAACCGAAAGACGGAAACGCUCGAC